AUGAAUAAAAUACUCCAAAGAAAAGUUUUACGAAAAUCAGGAGAUUCAAACACUACUAGUAAUGGAAAAACUGGGAGUAACUCAAAGACUUCAGGAAAGAACCCGAAUGACCCGACUCCCACAAUCGUGGUUGUGAAUGCUGGGGACCAGAAGGGACAUACCUCAGAAAAUUCUACAGCACCUCUCUCACCCGCGAGUAACCACAAAUCUCAUAAGGAGGAGCCUCCAAAGCGAGACCCUUUAAAUCGUUUAAAGGGAGCCCCCAAAGAC